AUGAACAGUACAAUCCUCCAAGGUACAAUUUCUAAUGGAGGAAAUCGCGAUGUAACAUAUGGAAUGAUUUACCAAGAUUCAGGUGAUUCAUCUCUUUCAAACACAAACAUUACUAACUGCAUUUCAAUACAGGCUACAGCUUUUCUAUAUUUUUUUAUUAAGCCUGCAGCAAAGGUCAAAUUUUGUAAUUUUGAAAAUUUGGAAGCAACUCGAAGUGCUAUCACUCAUUUUGAGAGAGCUGAUGGGAUAAUUGAAAGAUGUAAUUAUAUAAAUAAUUUCCAAGCAAAACAAGAUCAUGGUAUAGUUCAUGAAUUUAUGAAAAAACUUGACGUUUUACAUUCAUUUUUCAAAGACAAUCUAAAGAACAAAGAUGGGGCUUUAUUUUAUGCAAAACAAGGACAAAUUUAUAUAUAUAAUUGCAGUAUUGAUAACUAUACACAAUAUACAUCGGAUGGAACUAUAUCCACAUCAGAAAUGCCAAUAAAACCAUUUUACAAUGACUUAAAGUUCAUUGGAACAAGUCCAUGUGAAGGUCCGUUACUAAUUGCACAAAAUAAAGACAAAAAAGAUUCAAUUUAUAAAAAUAUCAAAUUAUUAUCAUUAAUUAACCUUUUUAUAAAACCAUUUAAAUAA